CUUGUUUUAGCGGGAGAACAGACUCCAGAGAGAAGCACCCAGCCACAUGCACUUGCGUUCGGUGCAGUCUCUGGUGGAGUCCGUAUGCCAACACUCUCUCGUUAAAACAGCCCUAAUUCUCCGCGUUCAGUAUUUUCGUCGUGCUGUGUGCACCGUCAAACAUUUAAAAGAUCUCUCCUGUGUGUGAGUGGCGAGCGCUCCCACCCACACAUAUCCUUGGCUUUACUGUUGAGAGGGAGGUAUUGGAACCAGACGCAGUCCCUGUCGGAGGGUCCCGCUGGAGUCUCUCGCUCCGCUCUCGGCCUCGGCAGGACCAGACCGGGGCCACCCUGCCCGUCCCUCGGCAGGUUCCUCUUCCGGGACUGCGAUGACUCCCCGCGGGGUCCUACCCGGCGCCCCAAAAGGGGGCACGUCCCUUCGAUGUGCAUGGAGACGGCAGCGGGAGAGCAGGGAUCGCAGAGUCGGGAAUUCCCUAAAGACUGCGUGUCCGCCUGUUUACAUCUCCUCAGAAAACGAUGCAGGAAAUAUUCACUAAAAUAUCGAGGGCGUGUAAUUUAAGCGAUGAAGUUUAGAUUGGUCUUCGGAGAGAUGGGUGAUAUAAGUGCACGGGCGAAGCACGGGUGAAUCCUGGAUAAGUAAGCCCAUGCACUUUCCACGUCCACCUUGUAGACGUUAUCGCGUUUCUUCUCGGAAAUAACGCCUCUCCUUAAUUAGCUCGGCAAAACCGCUAGCCUCUCGCGAAGCCCCUCCGGCCAUAGCAAUAACCCGGCUCUGCUGCCGGACUGUUCUCUGGACGCGUUUUCCUCUCGACUCCUCGCACCUCCCGCGCCCCGGGGCCGCUGACCCAGCCUGCGCAGCCCUUGGGGAGGCCCCAGGUGAGCCCCGACAAGCACCGCACCCCCGCAGCGCGUCCCACUGCCCCGCCUCCGCGGAGACCCUCGCACUGUGCGGGGCUGCCCCGGAACCUGGGGGCGGGCGAGGAGACCGGGGCGGCCAGUGGAGCCGCACCCGCUCGUCUCCUGGUGAAGCCGGCGCCGGACACGGUACAAAACACGGAGAUUUCCCGCACACUGCUUUUCCUCCAACACCGCAGUAUGAAUUACCGCUGCUCGUAAUCUCACGAUCGUCGCGGGGCACAAUGCGGAGACUGACUUUGUAGGCUCCUACCGCAGUAUUUCCAGAGAGAAAAGGUACACAGGAAGGGAGUUAUUUCAUAGAAAUCUAACCCUCAGCUCUCCGCGGAGCGCACACCAACCUCGUGAAUUAACUCGUUGACGGCACAGGAAAACGACCGACAAGCAAUAACUUCGACUCUGCUCCCGGCCGUGCCCGUCCCGCCGCGCCCGGGCUCACCACGGGCUCUCAUCACGGUGGCCCGGCUCCUCCACGAUGCAUCCCUCGGAGCCCCCCGUCAGGCGCUGAGAGCAGAGAUCGGCGCGGGGUCCCCGGAGCCGGCUCGCCGCCCACCGGGGGCUGGUAUGCGGUAGGGCAGGGCCAUGUAUUGGAAGAGCGACCCGAUGUUCGUCUGCAGGCUGGAGGACAAGGACCUGCCCGCGCUCGGCGGCACGGCGGAGAAGGCCAGCCCCGCAGCGGCUGACGAGGACUCCUGCUCUUCCUCUGCCGUACUGUCGCCCUCCUCCUCGCCGCGGUCCAUGGCCUCGGGCUCGGGCUGCGCCACUGGCAAGUGCGUGUGCAGCAGCUGCGGCCUGGAGAUCGUGGACAAGUAUCUGCUCAAGGUAAACGACCUCUGCUGGCACGUACGCUGCCUCUCGUGCAGCGUUUGCAGAACGUCCCUGGGAAGGCACACCAGCUGCUACAUCAAAGAUAAAGAUAUCUUCUGCAAACUGGAUUAUUUCAGGCGCUACGGCACCCGUUGCUCCCGCUGCGGGAGGCACAUCCACUCCACCGACUGGGUCCGGCGGGCCAAAGGAAACGUGUACCACCUGGCGUGCUUUGCAUGCUUCUCCUGCAAAAGGCAGCUUUCAACCGGAGAGGAGUUUGCUUUGGUUGAAGAGAAAGUCCUUUGUAGAGUACAUUACGACUGCAUGUUGGACAAUCUGAAAAGAGAAGUUGAAAAUGGUAAUGGGAUUAGUGUGGAAGGAGCAUUACUAACAGAACAAGAUGUUAAUCAUCCAAAACCAGCAAAAAGAGCUCGGACCAGCUUCACAGCAGACCAACUCCAGGUUAUGCAAGCACAGUUUGCUCAGGACAACAAUCCAGAUGCACAAACGCUUCAGAAACUGGCAGAAAGAACAGGCUUGAGCAGGCGUGUUAUACAGGUGUGGUUUCAAAAUUGCAGAGCACGCCAUAAGAAACAUGUUAGUCCUAAUCAUUCAUCUACUGCUCCUGUCACCGCAGUUCAGCCCUCCAGGCUGUCUUCACCCAUGUUAGAAGAAAUGGCAUACUCUGCAUACGUACCCCAGGAUGGGACUAUGCUGACUGCUCUGCACAGCUACAUGGAUGCUCAUUCACCUACAGCUCUUGGACUCCAGCCUUUGCUACCCCAUUCAAUGACACAACUGCCACUAAGUCACACCUAAUUCCUUUCUGUCAGGGAUAUAAGCUAUUAAAGAUGUAACCUUAAGUCAUAGUGUAUUGAAAAUAUCAUUGGAAAGACAUUAAUGUUAACUUUUUAUUUAACACCUAAAGCAUUUUCAAGAUAACUUUUGCUGCCCAGGUAUGUAAGUAUAUUUAGCCUGCAAGACACUUUUAUGGAUUCUGCAUAAAUAACUAUUACAUUGUUUACAAGCCUUAUUAAACACCUUUUUGUAUUGUCUGGAAGUAGUCCACUCUAGUUAUGUGUGUGUUAAUUUAUUUGUCAUCAAAAGAGCACUUUGCCUAAAAGAAAGGACUGACAAUUGUGCAAAAUGUUUACAAUUCUUUGUGAAAUUGUAGUCUAUCAUUAGUUUGUAUCUGUAAGUUAUUGCUAAAAGUAUUACCUGUAUUUGAGUUGUACACAAGCCUAUAUGUUAAAGCUUAUUUCUGUGAGUUUACAAAAAUAAAUUUUGGUUGCAAAUAUUUUCAAAAAGAACUGAAUAAAGUUUCUGCUGUAGCAUGCCAAGCAAAAA